UGGAAAGUAGGGUUUUUGAACGAAGUCCAUACUUCGUAGCAUCUUGUCUGUGAACUCUUGCUUCUCAACCUCUGCAACUCGGGAUUCUGCUCUCUACGUUUCUUGCUUCGGUUUUUGGAUUUUGAAUUCGCAGAGGUAGCGAUGGAUAUGGAUGGGGUUUCGGAAGACAGCUCUCGUCGAAUUCAAGUGCGCUUUAUCACGAAACUUAUGGCUCCUUGCAGAGUUCCGACGAACGCCAUUGCCAUUCCCUCUAACCUAACCAGACUGGGUCUUUCCACCGUUGUUAACAAUCUUCUUUUAGCUGGGAAUCCUGAGUGGGAAGCCGAACCUUUCGAUUUUCUAAUUGAUGGCGAGUUUGUUAGAAUGUCGUUGGAGCAAUUCCUUCUUGCCAAGGGCAUAUCGGCAGAAAAAGUGUUGGAAAUUGAGUACAUUAAGGCUGUUGUCCCCCGAAGGGAGGAAGAGCCUUCUGUUCACGAUGACUGGGUCAGUGCAGUUGAUGGGUCUCAUUCCGGGUUUAUUUUGACAGGUUGUUAUGAUGGCUUAGGAAGGGUUUGGGAAUCUUCAGGAUUGUGUACACAUAUUCUUGAAGGUCACAAGGACGCAAUAUCUUCUGUUUGUGUUGUUAAUCCUGAAGAAGCAGCUAGUGUCACUCUUGCCACUGCGUCGAAGGAUCAAACACUUAGGCUGUGGAAGUAUUCAAAAGACGAUAGGGAUAGCAACCCUACCAAGAUAAGGCCAUUCAAAAUAUUGAAAGGACAUAGAUUGUCUGUACAAAGUGUUGCAUCACAGAAAUCUGGAGACCUGAUCUGUUCAGGUUCUUGGGAUUGCACAAUCAAUUUAUGGCAAACGGAUGAAACUCAUUUUGAAGGCAACGUCUCCAUUAAAAAGAGAAGAAAGAAUGACCAGGUUGAAGAAUCUCAGUUAGAGGGGGACUCUGUUGCUACACUUGUUGGCCAUACACAAUGUGUGUCAGCAGUUGUGUGGCCGCAGCAUGGAGAAAUUUAUUCAGCAUCGUGGGACCAUUCUAUAAGAAGAUGGGAUGUCGAGACAGGCAAAGAUUUGUUUAAUAUUUUUUGUGGUAAGGCACUCAACUGCCUUGACGUUGGAGGUGAAGGUUCCACUCUCAUCGCUGCUGGUGGCUCAGACCCCACCGUUAGGAUAUGGGAUCCUCGUAAGCCAGGAACAUCUUCUCCUAUCUUUCAAUUCCUGUCCCAUAAAUCCUGGAUUUCAUCUUGCAAGUGGCACGAUAAAUCUAGUUUCCAUUUGCUGUCUGCAUCUUAUGAUGGGAAAGUUAGGCUGUGGGAUCUAAGAACUGCGUGGCCUUUAGCUGUAAUUGACUCUCACAAAGACAAGGUACUGUCUGCUGAUUGGUGGAAAGGUGACAGUGUUGUCAGUGGUGGGGCAGACUCUAAACUACGCAUCUCGUUGGGAAUUUGCGUGUCGUAAGGCAGAAAGCUGUUCUGGUAAAGAUAUCGAUCAAAACGACCACCUUAAUUGUGACCGACUAGAAAGGCUCUGAUGCUGCAGUCCUUGCCCCACCUUGUUUCUUCGAGUCUUUCUUUCAGGUCUGUUUUCCUUUUAGUCUUCUUCGGUAGAGCUGGUGCCAGAGGCUCUGGAGUAGAAAUAGUAAAUUUCACAUUUUUGGUCCGUUUAGUUGUAAAACCAAACCAAACUUUUAUCCUUUUGAAGAGAGCUCGCUAAUGGGCUGAGUGAAAACCUGAUAUCGGCUUCUUAUUUAUAAUUGAUUUUUUUUUUUUUUUUUUGAGUUACCCUUGUAAUUCCUGGAGUCUGGAUGCAAACAUGAUUAGUUUUGUUAAUUAGUGAUAUAUUUGAUCCAAAAUUUGUACAUC